AAACUAUUUACAUAAAAAGAACUGAACAUCCAAUGUGAACAUGCAUUUUUUUGACUUCCUCAUUUACAAGUCAAAUUUUGAAUGCUGUUUAUGAAGGUGGCCAAAUGAUGAGGAACUUCACUUCUCUAAACAUCCUUCACCUCUCUGCUCAAAAAGACCUGACUAAAAAACUUUCUGCCUCUUCUGAAACACAAAGAUGGCUGCAGCUCUGACUCUCCUCCUCAUUGGCUGUCUGCUGCAAGGUGCCCUGUGUGGAAAGUUUGGGAGCAUUAUACCAAAGACUAUAGAGUUUCUGAAGGGAUCCUGUGUGACAAUCCCCUGCUCCUUUGACGUAAAGGAUCAAUUUAAUGUCAAGUUAGAUAACACAUGUAAAGCAUUAUGGAAAGAAAGUACUACAGGACCUGCUGUGUUUGAUAGCAGUAAUCCACAACAGAAAGGACAAUUGAUUGGUAACCUAACAAAAAAAGACUGCACCACAACCCUGAAUGACAUGCAAAACAACAAACUGUAUCUUUUUAGAUUGGACUGUUUCGGUGUGAAAUUCAAUUUUGAUGGCGUGAAAAUUUCAGUCACAGAUGAUCCACCUAGACCGACUCUGACUCCGCCCACACUGAAGGUGAAAGAGGGAACCUCAGUGAGUUUGAACUGCUCUGCUCCAGCUCCCUGUCUGUCUCUUCCUCCAAAUCUGACAUGGAGCCCCGGCCUGGGUGAAGGUCAGGAGACCCUGCAGGAGAAUCAGAACAAAACUAAAGUCAAGAUCUCUGUGCUGAACUUCAAAGCAUCACACCUCCAUCACGGACAGGAAAUCUCCUGUACUGCUGUCUACAGAAAACAAGAUGGCAGCACUGAGUCAUCUGUGAACAUCAGUUUAACAGCUGACAUUACAUAUUCACCCAAAGGGACCACAGUGUCAGUCAGUCCCUCUGGUCCAGUGCAAGAAGACAAAAAUGUGACACUGACUUGCAGUGCUAAUGCCAACCCAGCUGUAAAGAACUACACCUGGUACAGAGCUGAUGGAGGCCAGGAGACUUUCAUGGGGACUGGACGUGUUUUAAACAUCAAAGCUUCUAGAAAGAGAGCCCCAAUUUUCUGCAAGGCUGAAAAUGAACUGGGAAGUUUUCAAUCAAGCACAAGACAAAUAGAUGUACAUUAUGCUCCACAGAUCAUGUCCUCAUCUGAUUGCACCAAAACUGCUAACCAGGUCAACUGUUCCUGUGAGUCUACGGGAAAUCCUCCUCCCACUUUACAAUGGAGUUUGGAUGGGUUAGCUGUCAAUCACUCAGAAGAGUUUGCAGUCAGUUAUGAGCAUCGAAAUGGCACAGGCGUGAGCCUCAUCACCAUGAGUCAAGCCCAAUGGAAGGAUCACUUCACUGUGCUUUGUCGCAGCUCAAACUCUCUGGGAUCUGCUUCUCAGCGAUUUAUUUUCUACAGCCUUCCAACAUCUGCAGAAAGUCAAGUGAUUUUGCCUAUCUUCAUCGCCACCAUUGUCGUCUUCCUAGUGCUAGUAUGUGCUCUACUCUUUGUUAUCAGGGCUCAGAGGACUCAACACAACCUGCUUAAGAGUCAGGGGUCAGGUAACGCCAGCACAGUUGCUAUGAGCCAACAUCUACCAAGUGGAGAAGAGGAACCCAACAAAACAAAUGAGGGCAUUUAUGCUAACACCACUGAGCUGAAGAAACCAGGUGUCACCCAACCUGCAACUAUCUCUGAGCCAAUCAGCACCAACUUACAAAGCUCAAGCCGAAACAACACAGAAGAUGCCAGUACAAGUUCAGAGAAGAAAAACGAGGAAAGCAAAGAUGUGAUUUACACUAGUGUGACUUGGAGGAGCAAAGGCGAGAAGGAGGGAGGAAGCUCUGGGGACACAAAUCAGUCACGUCGCUCCUAUCUGGAGGAGAAACGCUUGGAGGGAGGAUUGAACUUUGUGAGCAAUGCAGUAGAGAUGUUAAAUCUAUACGACGAAGUGAAGCCUAGAAAUAUGAAAAAGGACUCUGAAUGUGAAUAUGCCCAGGUUAAAUUUAGAGACUAGAGUGAGAUGCAGACAUAGAUUACAGUUCAGUGCGGACUGGGCCUGGGCGAUAAAACUAAAUGAUAAUUAUUGCGAUGUAAUUUUUGUCAAUAAAUAUGAAAAAUGUUUGAUAAAAGUUUGAUAGAUUUAAUCAUGUAAUUACACCACCAACCACUGGGAAGUGGGGAGCACUAAUGUUCCUUGAGCGCUACGUGCACUGUGCUUAUAAUGGUGAAAUAUUUCAUUAUAGUUUGUCAUGUUCUGAAUAAUUAAACCAUAAUUAACCACCUUGUUUUUUCAACUUUAACUCAGGAGCCAAAAUCAGCCUUUAAAUUUGAAAGAAAUAAUGAUCGACAAUUAUCGAUAUCGACUGAUAUGACAUUUUUUAUCGUGAUAACACUUUUAGUCAUGUCACGCAGGCCUACUCGCUAUCAUAGUUUGGCUCAGUUUACAGCAACAGACUACAGCAGGCUGUAACGUUAUCUAGUGAAGCUACUGAUUGUUGUCACACACAGCCACCAGCUGAUCACUGCAUGAGAGCAGACGGGGUGGAGGGAACGGAGAAAAGACGAAGCAGUGUUUGAAACAACGAAACGAUACACAAUUGAACAGCAACACUUUAUGAGCUCUUUCUGUGUGAAACUCAGCAAAAAUUCUAUGAAAAUAUAUCAUAAAAGUC